ACGCCAUCGACCAGACACCACACUCGCACCACCGCAGUCGGUAGUCACACACAUCUACAAACACAAAUCAAGCACACCCACACCAUGGCUCGUUUCUCGUGUUUGCUCCUGUCCGCCGCCGCAUUGAUAGUCGUCGCUUACGGAUCGCCGCUGACCAACGACAGACAACUACAGGAUGGCAACGGCGGAGACGAGUUGGGACUCACCGAUCAACUGCAGGAGCUCAUCGAGAAACGCGACGUGUCAGUGGAACUCGGAGGCGCCACCGUCACCGUGUCGCCCAGGAACUUAGACGAAAACGAACUGGGUCUGACCCUGAGACUCCCCAGCUCCGCCGAACCCAGAAGCAAACGGCAUAAGCUUAAGAAGAUCCUGAUGCCCAUCAUGGUGUUCGUCAUGCUCAAAGCACUCACACUCAUCCCACUCGCCAUCGGCGUGUUGGGUUUGAAAGCGUGGAACGCACUGCAACUGUCGUUCUUCUCGUUCGUCAUAUCCAUUGGACUGGCCAUCUUCCAGUUGGUGAAGAAAGCUUCCGAAUCACCACCAUCUCUGACCACCCACGACGCCGGUAUCUACGGAGCCCCGCCAGCACAUUACGCCAGGAGCAUCCAGGAACACGCCCAACAGUUGGCCUAUGGUUCCAACCAAGUCAGAUAGAUGUUUUCCAUCUAUGCUGACGCGACUCGCGUGUGUGUGUGUACGUGCGUGCGGUUUAUGUCAUCCCAUUGCUGCUGUGUCUACCGCACGUCAAUUAUACUGCAACAGAAUAAUAUUUAUUUAUUUCGACUAUUUAUUAUAAUUAUUAUUUUUUUAUUUCUACUUUAUUAUUACGAAACUCGAAUGAUUGUAAAUACAUUAUACUUGAUGUUCUUAUUGUUUGUAAAUCCGGUUACUGCAGACCCUGUUAUCGCUUCCGAUUGAGAAAUAUUAUAGUAUAUUUUAUUAAUCUAACUA